AACUUCACAUCCGGUCAGUGACAGCAUGAAUUUAAGAUGAAACACAUGAAAAUGCACAUGCAGUAUCGUUUGUUUGGGAUUAGAAAUGUGCUUGAAACAAUGGCACGAUCGGCCGUAUCUAAAAAUCACGUCAGAUUGUUUCACAGUCCAACAGGCGGUGGUGGAGACAAUGAGCCACCAAGUGACAUUCACUAUGUGGGAGCUGACAAGGUUUUAAACGAAAUCCCUACAGAAGGAGGACCGCCUGAUAUUUCAAACAGAGACAAAUCACUGGUUGAUCCAAUUAGUUCACUUCAAAAACACGGACCAGCACGGAAAAAGUUUUAUGUGAAUAAGAAAUUUUCCGUUUUGUUGUUUCCUGGACAAGGGAGUCAGUUUGUGGGAAUGGGUAAAAAGUCCUUACACUACCCAGGGGUCAAAGAACUGUAUGAACAAGUCAGUGAACAUUUCAAGAAAGACAUAUUGAAAUUAUGUUUACUUGGUCCAAAAGAGGAACUAGAUAAGACGAUAAACUGUCAGCCUGCAGUUUUUGUGACAUCAUUAGCUGCUGUUGAAAUGAUGAAAGAAUUGCAUCCAGAAGUUUUCCAGAAGCCGACCUACACAGCCGGCUACAGUCUGGGAGAGAUCACAGCUUGUGUUUAUGCAGGUGUCAUGUCCUUGGCUGAUGCUUUGAAUAUGUUACAAACCCGGGCCUACGCCAUGCAGGAAGCUUCAGAGGAAGUCGGGAGUGGAAUGAUGACUGUAACCAUUACCCACAAGUCUAAGCUUGGCUUGGCUAAGGAGGCAGCCAUCAAGUACUGUUCUACAGAGUGUGGCAUAACUAAUCCUGUUGCUCAGACAGCUAGCUACCUCACUCCCUACCAUAAAGUGGUGGCUGGCCACAAUGAAGCUUUGGACUUUAUUGCUGACACUGCCAGACAUUUUGGUUUGAGUGGAUGUAAAAGACUUUCAGUUAGUGGAGCAUUUCACACAAUGUUGAUGAAACCAGCAGUUAGUGACAUGUAUUCAGCUGUCAAAGAUGUGACUUUUCAGCUGAAAUCAAAACACAGAGUGUUCUACAAUUACACUGGGAAACUUCAUGACAAUCCUUCACAGAUAAAGAAGAACUUGUGUGAACAAUUGACUCAUCCAAUCAAAUGGGAACAGAUAAUGCACACAAUCUACUCUAGACCCCCAGGGGAGGAGUUCCCUCAGACGUACGAAGUGGGUCCAGGGAGACAACUAGGAUAUAUACUGAGAUUGACCAAUGAAAAAGCUCACUUUAAAAAUUAUCAUCAUAUAGACAUCUGAAUAAUAAACUAUUAAAAACAUCUUUCUCUUGUCUUUGAAUUCAUCACUACAAAGCAAAGAAGU